AGGAGAAGUCGUGGGGAGACGCAGCCGCUCACCUGCGGGGCAGGGCAAGGAGGGAGGGACAUGGGCUGCGCGCUCUAGGACGGAGGACCUGGGACGCGCCCAGGCCCCGCACACUGCCAAGCUCCGGGUCUCUCCCGCCCCACGGCCGGGUGAACACGAGGGGCGCAGCUAUUUGCUUUGACAGAGCGGGUUCCGCGGAAGCGUGGAGAGCGACGAACUAGUUAGCCAGCCAGGCUGAAAAAGUCGAGCCGGGAACAAAGAGGGAUCGGACUGUGUGUUUGUGCCGGCUCAGGCUCCGGGCAGAAGCUUUUGGGACCGGGACCCCUGCUGUGACUCCCCGAGACCCCCGCCGCGCCCUCCACUGCCAAGUCCCAGCGCUCGCCGGCACGAACUUUAUUCUUGGCAAACUUCUCUUUCUUCUUCUCCUCCUCCGCCCCCAUCUCUCCUCGCCAGCAGAUUCAGUGCGCCUUGAGAUGGAAAACCGAAGCGCAAGGGCAGGAAAUAAGAAACUCUAAAACGGACAUCUCCAAUCGGGGUUGCUCUUUAUUAUUUUUUUGCCCUCCAAGAAGUGGACGUUUAGUUAUCUUCUGAUUCUUCGUGCGUCUUCUCCUCUGGGACAAGUGGAGCCUUUCUGCCCAGCUCCUCCACUCUUUUCUCGGAAAACAAACUCCCAAAUCGGCAUCGGGGAAAGCUACAGAGGAGAGGUUUGCGCCGAGACGCGCUGACUGACCAUCGUCUGCAGUUUGGCUAGUCGUCCAUCCUCCGGAACCAGCGUGCUCCGCGCGCAGACCCCGGCGAGGCGGGGGGCGUGGGGUGGCCGCCCGGGGACUGGCAGCCUAGUUCAGCGCGCGGCGCGCUGCGCAAACCGCUUUAGAGACGCGGGCAGCGGUGAUCCUCACAGCGCGGUGCCCUUCGGCCUCGUGGGCGGGAGUCGGCGUCUGUCCCGGCAGAGCGGGAAGGCGCGGGCGGCUGCUUGGGCUCCGGCGCCGCCGCAGCUGCUGCGGCUGCCGGCCGGCGGCCCCGCGCUCGCCCGCCCAGCUUCCGCCUGCUCUCCUUCCUUACACGCACCCUUCCAAUUCUCCUUUUCCUUCCUUUCCCCACCCUUUUCGUUGACCUCUUUCCUGCUGUCGCCGCGUGUGCUCCUCCAGCGGAGCGGAGAUUACAGAGCCGUCGGGAUGCCCCAACUCUCCGGGGGAGGCGGCGGCGGCGGGGACCCGGAACUCUGCGCCACGGACGAGAUGAUCCCCUUCAAGGACGAGGGCGACCCCCAGAAGGAGAAGAUCUUCGCUGAGAUCAGUCACCCCGAAGAGGAAGGCGACUUAGCCGACAUCAAGUCCUCCUUAGUCAACGAGUCCGAAAUCAUCCCGGCCAGCAACGGACACGAGGUGGCCAGACAAGCACAAACCUCUCAGGAGUCCUACCAUGACAAGGCCAGAGAACACCCUGAUGAAGGAAAGCAUCCAGAUGGAGGCCUCUACAACAAGGGACCCUCCUAUUCGGGUUACUCUGGGUAUAUAAUGAUGCCAAAUAUGAACAGUGACCCAUACAUGUCAAAUGGAUCCCUUUCUCCACCCAUCCCGAGAACAUCAAAUAAAGUGCCCGUGGUGCAGCCAUCCCAUGCAGUCCAUCCUCUCACCCCCCUUAUCACCUACAGCGAUGAGCACUUUUCUCCAGGAUCACACCCAUCGCACAUCCCGUCAGAUGUCAACUCCAAACAAGGCAUGUCCAGACAUCCUCCAGCCCCUGACAUCCCCACCUUUUAUCCCCUGUCUCCGGGUGGUGUUGGACAGAUUACCCCACCUCUUGGCUGGCAAGGUCAGCCUGUAUAUCCCAUCACGGGUGGAUUCAGGCAACCCUACCCAUCCUCACUGUCAGUCGACACUUCCAUGUCCAGGUUUUCCCAUCAUAUGAUUCCUGGUCCUCCAGGUCCCCACACAACCGGCAUCCCUCAUCCAGCGAUCGUAACGCCUCAGGUCAAACAGGAACAUCCCCACACGGACAGUGACCUAAUGCACGUGAAGCCUCAGCAUGAACAGAGAAAGGAACAGGAGCCAAAAAGACCUCACAUUAAGAAACCUCUGAAUGCUUUUAUGUUAUACAUGAAAGAAAUGAGAGCAAAUGUCGUAGCUGAGUGUACUCUAAAAGAAAGUGCAGCUAUCAACCAGAUUCUAGGCAGAAGGUGGCAUGCUCUCUCUCGUGAAGAGCAGGCUAAAUAUUAUGAAUUAGCACGGAAGGAAAGACAGCUACAUAUGCAGCUUUAUCCAGGCUGGUCUGCAAGAGACAAUUAUGGUAAGAAGAAGAAGAGGAAGAGAGAGAAACUGCAGGAGUCGACAUCAGGUACAGGUCCAAGAAUGACAGCUGCCUACAUCUGAAACAUGGUGGAAAACGAAACUCAUUCCCAACGUGCAAAGCUAAGGCAGCAACCCCGGGACCUCUUCUGGAGAUGGAAGCUUGUUGAGAACACAGACUGUCUCCCCAGCUUGUGCAGUUGACCCCAAAGGAGAAUUGAUACCAACUUCAUUCACAUUGAGGUCCCUGCUAGAGACACUGACCCAUAAAGACAAUCACUGCCAACCCCCCUUUUGUCUACUGCAAGAGCCAAAUUCCAAAAUAACACAUUUAAAAAAAAAAACAGAUUUUUAAAAAGAAAAUUAAAAAGCACAUGAGAAUCCUGGCCAGCAGGCCCUAGGUCAGCUGAGCAGCUCUCCUGUGCACCCAGAGCAUCCUGCAUCCAAACCUGUAACCCUUGGCAAGGACAGUGACUCGGCUGCCUUGGCCUGCCAUGAACAACAGGCCUGCAACUAGCAUGUCCAUCAGCAUCCCAGAGGAGGAAUUUGUGGGAGAGCUUGCUCUUUGUUUCUGUCUCCAUUUUUCUUUCUCUUCCUUUCUCCUAAAGCUUUUAUUUAACAGUGCAAAAGGAUCAAUCGUAUGUCUGCUUAUUUUAAACUUGAAUUUUUUUUUUAAUUUACACUUUUUAGUUUUAAUUUUCUUGUAUAUUUUGCUAGCUAUGAGCUUUGAAAUAAAAUUCAAAAAUCUGAAAAAGUUGAAAAUAAAAUGGAAUUAAAAGAAGCCCUCUAUUUCUGAGAGAGAUCUUGUCCGCUAAGUGGCUUCUCUGUGAAUUAUCUGUAACAAAUAGUGGCCUCUCAUCCUUUGUCAGGUGUUCUAUAGAGCUAAAUAAAUGUAUCAGCCAACUCCACUCUGUUGGUAGCAAUGGCAGUCCUAUUUCACUUUAUUUUUCUUCUGAUUUUUUUUUUUUUUUUAAUGGUAAACCUUAACAGAUACUUUCUGCAGACUGGUUUGCAGUGAAUUUUCAUUUCUUUCCUUCUCAGCCCCUUGUAAAAAGCCCAGCACUUGAAAUGUUAUUACUUUAAAUGUUCUGUAUUUGUAUCUGCUUUUAUUAGCCGAUUAGUGAGAUUUUAUGUCAGUUGUUAAAAUGAGCAUUGAUGUAUCCAUUUUUUUUAAAUAGCAAGGCACAGCCUUUGCCCAAAACUGUCAUCUAACAUUUGUCAUUCCAGUUUGAGUUAAUGUGCUGAGCAUUUUUUAAAAGAAGCUUUGUAAUAAAACAUUAAAAAAAAGAAAAGUGUCAUUUUAAUUAAACGAAGUUCCUGAUAGUCUAAAUCCACAGGCCAGGACUGGAUCAUACCCAAGCAGUGCAGGGGGGUUCUGCUGGUGCAGUCCCCUAUGAGGACAGGCCCAUCCCUGUGGUGUAGGAGGACCAACCCAUGUCUCCUAGACAUGCCGAUCCUCAAAAGAACUUGAAUGGCUUAGCUCUCCUCCCUUUUCUGGCGUAGACAUAAAUCAGGGUAAACAGAGUCACUAGAACUUCCUGACCAUCUCAAGAUCCCUGUGGACUCAGCCAACAGAUUGCAGUGCUCCCGUAAGUAUGCAGGUAACUUCCCAUCUUCAUAGCUCAUUGGCUCUCAAACUGGGCUCCUAAAACCACGGUAUCCCUGUGUAAAAAAGGCUUGACUCCCACCCAUCUCCGAAAAGUCAGCAUUUUCCCAAUUUGACUUUGUAUUCCAUCAUUUCCCCUCAACUUGUAUUAUACUAGUCUGUAAGUUGCAAGAACUAGACAUUUUAAGUUUAAAACAAUGUUUCACAGUCUUC